UUUAACUUGGCCACUUCCUCCAACGACCCCAAGGUUCGUUGCCCAGCCUCCUCUAACAGUCUUUCUAGGAGUUCCCUUUCCCCCGGCUCAGCCCGCUCUUCCCUGUGAUUUCCAGUCCUCUCUACCCUCCCCUGGGACCCCGGCUCCUCUCCUCUCGCCAGCGUCUCCCGGCCACCGCGGCGGGGAGGUGGGAUCCCAGCCUACUCGCUAGCUGCCCCGCCUCCCCGCCCGGCGGCUCGGGCCGCGCAGGCGCACAGGCGCGGCCGGGAGGCUGAGGGCGACCACAGCAACCUCCGCCUCCAGCUCCUGCGGCCACUUCUGCGCUGGGCUAGUCGGCGGUGACCCGGACUGCGCCGGGCGGGGGCCCAGCGGGCGGCGCGGCGCCAUGGGCUCGGGCUGGAGCAGCGAGGAGGAGCGGCAGCCGCUGCUGGGGCCCGGGCUCGGGCCUGGGCCGGGGGCUGCCUGGAGAAACCGGGAGGCGGCGGCGGCGCUGCCUGCGGCGGCCCCGGGUCCCGGGCGGGUGUACGGGCGCCGCUGGCUGGUGCUGCUCCUCUUCUCGCUGCUCGCGUUCGCGCAGGGCCUGGUCUGGAACACCUGGGGCCCCAUCCAGAACUCGGCGCGCCAGGCCUACGGCUUCUCCAGCUGGGACAUCGCGCUGCUCGUGCUUUGGGGGCCCAUCGGCUUCCUGCCCUGCUUCGCGUUCAUGUGGCUCUUGGACAAGAGAGGUCUUCGGGUAACUGUGCUCCUGACAUCCUUCCUUAUGGUUUUAGGAACUGGUCUAAGAUGUGUACCUGUAUCAGACUUAACUCUUAAAAGAAGAUUAAUUCAUGGAGGACAGAUGUUAAAUGGAUUGGCGGGUCCAACUGUAAUGAAUGCAGCACCAUUUCUCUCCACGACGUGGUUUUCUGCAGAUGAACGGGCCACUGCCACAGCCAUUGCAUCAAUGCUUAGUUAUCUUGGUGGAGCUUGUGCCUUUUUAGUUGGACCACUUGUUGUUCCAGCUCCCAAUGGGACAUCACCUCUUCUUGCUUCAGAGAGUAGCAGGGCUCAUAUUAAAGAUCUCAUAGAGACUGUAUUAUAUGCAGAGUUUGGAGUUGUCUGCAUAAUAUUUUCUGCAACACUAGCUUAUUUCCCACCCCGGCCUCCUCUUCCUCCCAGCGUUGCUGCAGCUAGCCAGCGGCUGAGUUAUCGGCGGAGCUUUUGUAGAUUGUUAAGCAAUUUGAGAUUUUUGAUGAUUGCUUUAGCAUAUGCCAUACCACUUGGUGUAUUUGCUGGCUGGUCUGGAGUUCUGGACUUAAUUUUAACACCAGUGCAUGUUAGCCAAGUAGAUGCUGGCUGGAUUGGAUUUUGGUCCAUAGUUGGAGGCUGUGUGGUUGGAAUAGCUAUGGCAAGGUUUGCAGAUUUUAUCCGGGGUAUGCUGAAACUAAUUCUUCUCCUCCUGUUUUCUGGGGCUACACUAUCAUCCACAUGGUUCACCCUGACCUGUCUGAACAGCAUCACGCACCUGCCUUUAACUACAGUGACAUUGUAUGCCUCCUGUAUUCUCCUGGGAGUGUUCUUGAACAGCAGUGUACCUAUAUUUUUUGAGCUUUUUGUGGAAACUGUCUACCCAGUUCCAGAAGGAAUUACUUGUGGAGUUGUCACUUUUUUAAGUAAUAUGUUCAUGGGAGUACUUUUAUUUUUUCUCACGUUUUAUCAUACAGAGUUGUCUUGGUUCAACUGGUGCCUUCCCGGGUCGUGUUUGCUCAGUCUCCUCCUCAUUCUGUGCUUCAGGGAAUCCUAUGACAGACUCUAUCUUGAUGUGGUUGUCUCAGUUUAAUAGCACAGACUUGAAGGAGUUUAAAAGGAGGCUGGAAAUCAAUACUGCACACUGCACAUUUGCUUCGAGUUGCACAUCUAACGGGAAAAAAAGGAGAAGAAAGAAACUUCAUUCAGAGGUUUUGUUAGGUUACAGAUUACCACAUUAAUUUAAUUACUGCUAGGUAAUAAUAAUGGGGGAGUUGAGUGGUGAUAGAGGAUUUGAAAACUCUACAAGUGGCAUAUGUGUGCCUGAUUCUGGGGUUGGAAGUAUGACGUCUUUCACGUAAAGCACUACCUACGUAAUGUCCUCUAUGUUUUGUGCCAGUGCUAAACUACUGAUUACUUGUAAUUAUGAAAAGAAAAACAGGGUGUCUAUCACAAGAAGAUAACCCCUGCCCUAAGUCACAUAUCAGAAUAGGAAUAAAUGCCACUAACUUCUAAAGAAGUUCAAACCCUGUAUUGGAUUUUAAUUAUAAAAUAGCCAAGAGGUAUAUUGAUGAUAGAAAUUAGCCACGUGUACACUACAUUUUUUUCUAAUAAAGCCAUUUCUUAUAUGACUCCUUAUUUUCAAUCAGGUCAGAAGCCUUUGGCCAUCUUUCUUAUGGUGAUCAAGUGCUUUCCAGUGGCUGCAGAGCACAGGCACUGUGUCUCCAUCUCAACUUAUCCUUGUUUCUGUGAAAUACAAUUUCAUCUACUAGGCCCUUAAAUAAUUAUAUUAAGGGUGACUAAAUGUUUAAUAUAGUUGCAUUAAAUAUUGUACGAAAAGUGUAAUUGCAUUAGAAUUUAGCACUUUGUUUAAAGUAAAAUGACAAAUCGCACAGAACAUACAGUGUCUUCUGCCUACGUGUGGUGGCAUGAGAUGUAAAAUCUAGAGCCAACUCUUAUUUACCAGGGUUAGAUUGUUUUAAAUGACCUUUGUUUGUAAAUGACAAUUUGUAACAUUGAAACCUUCAGAUCUGUUGAGUGAUUUCUAAAUUACAUCCUUAUAUUUCAGUUUAGGUUGUAAAAUGAUCAAUUCUAUGUGGAGUCAACACAUUUGAGGGGGCAGCAUUUUGCCAGUACCUGUUUUCUUUCUACAGAUGAUAGCUUUUUAAAAAAUAUUGUAACAUUUACUCAUUGGACAGCUCUCAGACAUAUAUUUCACUAUGACAUAAGAUAAUGCUGCAUGGGAGCAUGAUGUCACCACCAUUCACAUUUACGUAAUUUCCCUCACACAGAAAAACCAAACAUUUUCCCAAGAAGUCAAGAAUAAUACUUUACCUUUAUUAUUCUCAGCUUCCUCCAGCCCUCUCUCCUUUUUUCCUCACUUGAAAUUGUAUCUUCAUCAUCAGCUAAAUGUGUAUUUAAUUUGUCUUUUUCUAGACAAAGUGCAAGCCAGCAGCAGUUGGCCCAAGGUGGUAACGUCCGGUUAAGGAAAGCUGGCCCUCACCUAAUUCCAGUCAUCCCACACGUGUGCACCAUCACACACUGGCACACGGCUCCCAGUGCCUCGACCUCCCACUUAGUAGGUGCAAGGCUAUGCAUUCACUCACUUGGUCCUAGAGGAGGUUCCAGUAGAAGACUGCCUGCGUCUUCUAAGACCCUAGAUUAUGAAAGUAGGGAAGUAGGAAACCCCUCAAAUGUAACAUCUGUCUUCAGUCAUCUUUAAGUCAUCUCCCUUUAUAACCACCCUGCUCCCUUAGCAGCAAGAACUGGAGGAACUAAGGAACUUGCUAAAGAAAACUCAUGAAAGCCAGGCUGAAUUCCAGUUAACUGUGUCAUUCUUCUUAAACAAAAGUGAAAUAGAAGGAAAGCAGAAUUCUGGAAGGUGGUCAGAAACUAGCCACUAAGGAUAUCAGACCAUGCCCCAGAUGCUAAAAUAAUCACCACCCCUUUCUAUUUAGAGAGAAGAUAGAAAAGAGAGGGAAGAAUUAUGAAGUAUUUGAUUUUAGUCAGAAUGUUGCGUUUGAGGAUAUUGCUGUAUAAAAUUCUAUAAGACUUCUGAUUAGAACAUUUUAAUCAUGGCUAAUUCAAUUUUUUAUUAAGACACAGGGUUUAGACAUGAGGGUCUUGUGUAAAGAAAAAAAAAAAAAAAAGACACAGGGUCUUGCUCUGUUGCCCAGUCUGAACCUCCAGCUCCUGGGUUCAUGCAAGCCUCUCGCCUCAACCUCCCAAGCAACUGGGACUAUGGGUGCACAACACUGUGCCUGGCUUAAUUCCACUUUUAACACAAAGUACGGAAUAGCACUUUAAAAGUAUUACCUAAAUGACUAAUUUGUUGAAAACAUCUCAAAUGGGUAACGAUGAAAAAUUCUUGCAUUGUGCCGGGCACCAAUCCUUGUUUUUAGAACACAUGAGAGGAGGUGGGUUCCCUGUAUUUCAUUCGUAUCUGCUUACCCCUCCAGCAGAUAAUUGUUCUAAUCACAAACCGCAGCUAUAUUAAGUGAUCAAAAUUUCAUAUACCAAACCCAAAAGGCCUGGGGAUGGGGGGAGGAUUACACAUUAUUUACCUGAAUAUUGCAAAUGAUAUUUUCUUUUGUUUUUAUUUCUAGCAUGCUUCCAAAUAGACCAGCUGUCAUCUUUGUACUUUCUAAUCAAAUAUUACAGAAUCCUAAUGAAAUGUUAUAGCUGAAAGAAAUCUUAACCCUUCACUAUCCAAGCCAUCAUUUUGUAAUUAAUAGGAACAAUCUUUGAGAGGUAAAGUAUCUUGCCAGAGGUCACAAUCCUAGUUAGUGGCAAAAGUAGAACAAAAACCCACAUUUUCUGACUCUCAAACCAGUUUUUUUUUUUCCUACCUUACAGAAUUGCAUCUUAAUUUAGACCAUUCUGAGUGUUCAUGAAUACCCUUCAUGUUCAAAAAUGAUGGGGCUUAAGAUUAAAGCUCCCACUAUUGAGUAUGGGAAGGACAGGGAUUAAAUUGAGGUGAUUGGUUUAUGAGUAAAAUUAUUCUAUUUCUUCAUCACUAUCCUGUAGGUGUCCUGACAUCUCUUAACUCUUAGCUUGCAAUGACAUAAUAUAAAAUAGAUUCUGAUGAAUAAUUCAAUCCUCAUAAACCAAGUCAACAGCAUUAUUAAUUGGUAAGGACGUUGUAGUGUAAGUCCACUGUGGCUUAUCAAUUAAUCUUUCACAGUAUAUGGGAAGAAGCAUUUUUUAAUAUGAUCCAUGGUGGAGGUAUAGGAACAAGACAAUUGAACACACAAAUGCAUUUCACUGGAGGAUGGAACUAAUAACAAGAGAGAAUCAAGUACAAAUGUAAUUUUGUAUAUUUAAGCAUAUAUGGCCUAAGGGCCAAGUUUAUUCAUAGAUCAUAUAUUCAUGUUUAAUUAUUGAGGAUGUUUACAGCUUGUUUUUGUGGAGCCUUUCUAAUAAGAGAUCCAAGCUAAGGGAUUUUAAAUUGAAGAGAUUAAAUCCCCAUCUACUUAUCUUUUAAUUAGAUUUUUUUACUAUUAUUUUUACUAAAAUCUAGGCAUUCAUCUUACUGUUUACAUAAGUACAAGCUUCAUUUUUAAGCUCAAGAUUCAAUUUAAAACAUAGCAAAUUUGCUUUAAUGUUAAAAAUCUCAUUCAGUUUCUCAUUUGUCCCUGAAAUAAGUACAGGAAUUAAUAUGAUUAUACCAUAUUAUCAAGCAAGUGCAAAAGCUGUGAUAUGAAGAAAAUGUCAUAUUAAAAAAGAAGCAUAGAAAACUAUGUGAACAUUUGAUGAGACCUAUUUUGUAAAUAUAGGGAAAAAAUACAAUUCCACUUUAAUUUGGAAUUACAGUCAUACAGAAGGGAAAGAUAAAGUUUAUUUCUGUACUGUCAAACAGUUUGCUAGUCUGUUAGGAGAUACAAGCAGUACUCAGAGGGAAAGUGUUGGGCCAUCGUAGAACAACUUCAGAGUGGGCUUUGGGGUGCUGUUCUAACAGCAUCCAUUGGGGUACUUUGUGCUUAGUAGAAGUGAGUUGUCUGCUCACUAAGCAGACACCUCCUUGGCUGUCCCAAGCACUCAUUUCCUCUCAGGUGUCCUCUUGGCUCAGAUGGAAUCUCAGACUUAGGGGAGGAUUCUAGGAGCAAAUACCAUAACCCUUAGGAGGCCCUUGAGGGUAUCUAUCACCUCUGGCUGGAGGAUGAGGGUGAUAGAGGCAGUUACAUAUCCCUAAACCUCUCUGGUUUAAGUUUGUUCUUGGUCAGGACUGAAACACCACUAGCUACUUUUUUCACUUUAUGGUUUUCUGAGGCUCUGACUCAUCCUUAUUGCCUGGUAAUAAGGAUGAAUGCUUGGAUGAAUCUGACCGCAGCUCCACACCUCAGACCCUGUUUCCUUGAACUGACUUUCUGCCACAGCCUUCGUCACCCUCCACCCUCCCCAGGUUCCCAGGCAGAAAACUCAGUCUCAUUCCUGAACAGUAAAUAAGACCAUGUGCCUAGACUUCCCUUUCCCACGCAGGACACCAGUAUGAUCAGAACAUAAGUGAGUUCAGGUACUGCAGAAAGAUUUAACAGUUCUUCUCACGGCUAAGCCUCAGAAGUUAGAAUAUGUCAUUGAAAUGGGAAUUUCAAAGAUAUCUAGCAGGUUUCUAUAGUAGCAGUUUUAGAAUAUGAGCUAAUUGCUUUAUGUGGCCUUUCAGUUGUGCCUUAGAACCUGGUAGGCCUUGAACAGUAGCUUUUUAUCUUACCCCCCUUCUCAAAGAGAGCAAAAACUUACCCCAACUCAGCUGUGCAUUCAGUGAGAGAGGUUUAAAAUUUUUUUAAACAUAGCUAAAAAAUGAAACAAAGCAUAGAAUUAGCAUGGGAUUGAUUUCAGUAACUUUGUGGUAAAAUGAUAAAAAUCACAUCAAACAAAUUUAGCUCUAAACAUGCUUGCUGGACUUAGUACAUUAUAAGGCUUGAGACUCCAAAGGAAAUACUGAAAAAGCAACCCAAACAACACAGUACUCUUAGGGCUCUUCUAGUUUAUAAAGGAGGCUCCUGCAGUCUUAAACAAAAUGGCAAGGAUGACUUGGAAAUACUCAGUUUAUCUUAAUGUUAGAAAGUAAUACUUCAUCUAAUUCAGAUUGACUUCCUCAUUUACCCAGAAGAAUCAUAAAAUCAAAGAAAUUAAUCCAACCACCUCAUUUUACAAAUCAGUAAACAGCCUUUAGGUUAAAUGACACAGCUAGGUUUUAGCAGGUUGGUCACUCAAUUCCUAGACCAGCAUCCUUUCCAUGGAUGAUUAAUGUGUUAAACAGAAGUAAAUUUUUUUUUUCAUUUAUAUUUUAAAGUUUUGAAAAUUACACAAGAAAUGCAUGAAUAUGUACCCAUUAAAAAA